GUGGGAAGCGAAAAGGAACCUGCAACUGCUGCACAAGUAGCCGAUGUUGCUGGUUGCAAAGAAAGGUAUGUUAGAGAGUGGCUUGCAACGAUGGCUACUGCGGAUAUCAUAAAUGUCACUGAAGACGAGAGAUUCUUCAUUAAAGAGGAAGACAUUGCGGAUUUGCUUCUAAGCUCGUAUGUUCGGGUACACUCUUUCCUACCAAUAUUUCUAAGACCUUACGACAAGCUUUGCAAAGUGUUCAAGAAAAAUGGACCUUAUGGUCUUGAACAUGCGGACUUUACUAUGGAGUUCUACGAUAUCAUCGCUAUGUUUAGUGAGGCGUUGCAUCAGAGGCAUCUUAUCUCAGAUCUUCUUCCAGCUCUUGCUCCAGAUAUGAAG